GGGGAAAAAUCCAAUUAGCAUUGCUUUCGUGUUGGCUUCGAAUUAAAUCCCUAAAAAGUUUCCUUCUCGCUUGAAAAAUCUGUCCUCUCUAUUUAAACUCAAAUUGGAACAAACCCUUUUUCUAAUUAUCUCUAUCAAUCAAUUGGGUUCUUGUUUUUAAUUGAAACCCUAAUUUCUUAAAGCCUCCAUUGGUUUUUUUUUUGGUGGAUAAUCAAGGAUCAAAUUUAGCAAUGGCGAAAAGUUCCUUUAAGCUUGAACAUCCUUUGGAAAGGAGGCAGGCUGAAUCUGGUCGCAUCAGGGAGAAGUAUCCAGACAGAGUUCCUGUUAUCGUGGAGAAGGCUGAAAGGAGUGACAUUCCUGACAUUGAUAAAAAGAAGUAUCUUGUUCCAUCUGAUUUGACUGUGGGGCAAUUCGUUUAUGUUGUACGCAAAAGGAUUAAGCUUAGUGCGGAGAAAGCUAUAUUUGUUUUUGUGAAGAACACUCUCCCUCCUACUGCUGCUUUGAUGUCUGCAAUUUAUGAAGAAAACAAGGAUGAAGAUGGCUUUCUGUAUAUGACUUACAGUGGAGAGAACACAUUUGGUUCCCCAUAACUUCUUUAGCACUACGUUAUUAUAUCUAUGUAAAUGGCUAAAAGGGAAAGGCGUAAAUUCUCAAUGGUUCCACUUAGGCUAUGGUUUCUGUUCUUGACGAUGAACUUGGAAUUUUAUUUUCUUAAUGGAAGAAAUUAACUUUAUCAA